GAUAUAAACAUAUUUAAUGGCUCUUACUUUUUGAUUCUUUGUUCCCUCUUUUCAUUCUAGGAAAUGUCCUUUCUUACUCUCCUGACCUACCUCUACUGAUGUUCAGAACAUACUCUUUUCACGACAUCUUCUUUAAUCUGUAAUCGUUUAUUUUCUCCAUGAUGAUUCACUUAGCGGUUUUGUAUCUGUCAUCCAAGCCACCAUUUUUCCUCAGCAUUUUUUUCAAGAGAAGGAUAAUUGGCACCUUUUCCUGCUAAAGACGUUGUAUGUCUAGUUUCUGGUCCCAUUCUGGACAUUUUAAUUGUUUUUCUUUCAAUUUCUAACUAGACAUUUCCUCUUAAUCUUGAAUUGAAGAAAAGCCCAAAUCGAGUUAGACCACAGACUGGACCCUGCUCAGCUUCCUUGGUAGUUUUAUAUUUUCUCAAAAUGUGGUCAACGUUUUUUGUGACUGACGAGGAGGGCCGCACUGUAGGCCCAGGGACCCCCGGAGUGGCCGGCGGGCCUGUACCAGGAGGACCAGCCCAGGGUGCAGGGGGUCUGGCCGGCCUGAUGAGUGGACGCAGUACAUUUGGUGGGAACAAGCGCCGCAGGACAACAUCAACAGGACAUGCCAUGAGUGAGGCCCAGGAGGGAAAGAUCAAAUUAGCAUUCUUUGUCGCCAUUGUUGGUGUAGUCCUGACAGUCCUCGGGGUCGGGACUGAGUUCUGGGUGGAGCUGGCACCACCGAAGAGUUUCGAUAACAAUCAGACUUGUCUGACAGCCCACUAUGGCCUGUGGAAGGGCUGCACCAAGACCCUGUGGGUGUCUGAUAUUGACCCAGAGAGAGAGAGCUGCGGACCUGCUGAACUGGCUGGAGAAUCGAACUGCACGUACUUCAAGUUUUAUACCACAGGGGAAAAUGCUGUGAUGUUUCAGAAGACGACACAGAAAAAUCUGAAUGUGGCAGCAGCAAUGUUGGCCCUAUUCAGCCUGUUUCUGAUGGUGAUGGGCGCCAUCUGCAUCACUAUGGCUCUCAGUAAGGAGAUCCUGUUUUUCCUUAAACCAGCAUCUGCAUGCUUCAUUCUGUCAGGUGUUCUGGUGCUCCUGUCCCUCCUGGUUUUCCACCAGUCUGUUUUGGCUUUUCUUGCCAGCAAUCACAUAGUUCCUCUCCACCAUGAGCUCUCCUGGUCAGUAUCGUGUAUUGGCUGUGCGGGGGCUGUCCUCAUCGUGGGUGGGAUCCUCUUCCUGCUGUUGGCGUUGCCCUACAGCCCCUGGCAGAAGUGCCUCCCUCACAAGGACAGCAGUAGCUAGUGGACUGGAGGUGAUGGUGCAUUUUAUCUGCCAGUCUUGUAAAGGGAAGGGUGCAGAGAAGUGAGGAGGUUUCCCAGAGAUGUCUUACCAAAGAGAUAGCUUUUUCUGUUGACUUAGAGCAAUUUUGUUAAAAGAGUCGCUGGUUUUUCUAGUGCUUUAGUUACUGCAUUUACCAAAAUAUCCCAUUAUUAAGCUACUAAUUUAGUAAAAAAUAGCUUUAAUUUCUUUCUGUUGCACAACAAGCCAUUCAUUUACAAAGAAUGUGGUGAUCUUAUUGCUCAGAUGUGUGUGGGAAACACUUCUGUAUUGUCUUACUAAAGAUCUUGCAGGGUUUAGAGGCUAUUGUUGUUAGUAAUUCAAAAAUGAUUAAAAAAAAAAGAAAAGAAAAAUUUUCUUCCUUCCAACUUUUUUGUUUUAAUAUUCAUGAUUUUCAUCCCUCUACUUAAACUCACUACUUAUUUAAGAAUUUGCUGAAAAUUAAAAUAUCUGCCACCUUCAGUGCUAACGUUUUUAUGACGCUCGGCACAUAUUAAAAUGCUUUCCAGUUAAUUUCUCUCUUUAUUUAUUAUUCACACAGCUAAUUCACCCAUUAGCUAAUAAGCUUUUAAAAUGACUUUUGUUCUGCGUGUUUACUCCGAGAAAGGUUCUGCUCAUAGAUGCACGAUUGCACAAGCCGAGAGCAUUCAGCAGUUAAAUGUUGUGUUAAUGUCACUCUUGUUUUACCCCGAAUGCAUUUACUGUGGCUACGCUUUGAUAGCUUUCUCAUUUCGUUUUAAAAAGCUGCCUUUCUGCUCAGGUAACGAUGUGACCAUCAUCACAACUGUGUGCUGACUGCCAAUUUGAGAAAGUCAUAAAGUUUAUUUUUAGUGGUGUGUGAAAAAAAAAAAAACCCUGAUUGCCUUUUCUCCCGCAGAGCUGCUUUAUGAUUGCUAUGAUGUUUUUUGUUGAUCCUUUGUGUAUAUUGAGAUUAUUACCUGCGUAACCAUGUAUGAGCCCGUCUUCUUGAAGUUACAAUUAUAUGCAUUUAAUUCAAAACAAAAACACUUUUGCAAAUUUAAAAAGAAAAAGCUGCUAAAUUGUGUGUUUACUAAUUCCAAACUUGUCAGUAAAAUAUAAUUGGUACUGGGACAGGCUGUGUCCCUCUGAAUUGGAUAAGCAGAAGAAAAUAGAUGGUACAUGCUUUUAAAAAUGGUUUUCAGUUUUAUUUUUUAAAUGCCAAAAAGGGAUCAUGUUGCGGGUUAGCCAUGAAGCUUCUGCAGCACUUAGGCGUUCACACUGCAGCGAAAGCGCAUCAAAUCCGAUUUUUUUGACCCUAUGCGACCCAUAUCCG